UUGCUAUCACAACAACUGCAGCAUCACUGAUUGUGAUGUCAUUAGUAUUAUGUGCUUGUAGCAUGAGUCACUUCCUGCAUGUUGCUUACCAGUAAGCUUUUUAGUUACAAUUUCAGAAUGACAUGCAAAGGUUUUUUUAAUAUCAAAUGGGCCUAGUGACCUUAGGCUUCUAUUCCUUGUGUUUCCAGGAGCAGUCCUGCUUAUUAGAUUGUACAAGAUACUCUAGAAAAAAACGUUCCUUCCUCUUCCAGGAGUCAAAUAUCUCAGGUCUUUGGUGUUUAAAUACAUAAGGUGCAGGUGUCCUAGAAAUGACCAGCUUAAUUAAAGGGGCUGUCUUUUCCCCCUCACCCCACCUCUGGUGUGGUAGCGUGGGCUCUGCAAAGACUAAAACAAUCCUUAAUGACAGGAGGCACAACACACCGGAGAGUAUGAACACUUCACAUCCACAGGAGCAGCUCUGCCCUCAUGCUUCAGAUACCACCUGGUAUUUGCCUCUAGUUCAGUAGCACCACAGAACAUGGUGAAAAGAAUCCAGAAUCCUUCUCUUGAAUAAUAGGCCAAGGUUGGCAAUCUUUUACUAACAGUAGGCUGCCACUCAUGACCUGAAGAAUCUCUUUGUGAGUCAGAUCCACAGGCCAUAGGUUGUUAACCUCUGGUUUAGUGGGGUUUGCUCAAUAGGUUAUUUUAAUACUCUCUUGCUUCUGUAAGUAACUUUUUCUCCUGUUUUUUCUCAUUUGCUUGUUUUUAUAAGUUAUUUUUCUCUCUCCUGUAAGGUGCCCUCAGCUUUUGUUGGAUAGGAUGAUAAAUCUAAUAAAUAAAACGAUCAACCAAUCAACCAUGGAUAUUUUCCUAGCAUGGAAAUAGCAUCAAGCUGCACAGAUAUGUUGAGGGCUUUUUAAUAAUGAACAAAAAGAAUAUUCAAUAGAGCAACGUUUCCCAAAAUAAAAAGAUUGAUUGAAAGAUUGUAGACCUUUUCCCUAAGAGUUUAGGAAAGGACCCAAGGUUGCAUUGAAAAAUAAAAACUACAAAGUUCUUGAUUAUUGCUAGUUUGCACAGGAGGCUUGCAUGCCCAUGUAGAACUCAAGCCAGAUGUCUGCUCAUUUGGUAAUGCUCAGAACAAAUUUAGUAUGCAGGGGGAAAACACAUCUGCAGCCAGUGCCUACAUGUAUCUUGCUUCCAGGGCACCUCUCUAAAAGUCCAUGUCUCUCUAAAGGUCUGGUCAAGCCCUGGGACAGGUAGACCUUUGAUGUCAUAAUUAGUGAUGUCAGUGGCAUGAGUGUUCUAAAAGUGCCACCCGUAUUCCUGCUACUUGCCAUGUUUUCUGCCAGUACAGUCAAAGAGAAUCAGCAUACAUGACACUGGAAAGGAAGUGUCACUCAAAGACAAUUCAAGCUCCAGUUCUCUGCCUGUAGCAGCUGUAAAGGAAGGCCCUACGAAGAUGGGAGCAAGAACCCAUACAAACCCUAAAGAUGAGAAAAUGUCUUCAUUGCCCAACAAAGACCCCAAGAUAGUGAAAGAGACUAGAGCAGUAAUCAUAGACAUUGGCACAGGUUACUGUAAGUGCGGGUUUGCUGGGGACCCUCUUCCUUCCCAUGUGAUUUCAUCAACAGUGGGUAAGCAUCUCCAGGAGACUGCCAAGACUGGGGACAAUCGGAAAGAUACCUUUGUUGGGAGAGAACUUUACAGCGCUAAUAUACCCCUAAAACUCGUCAACCCCUUGAGACAUGGCAUUAUUGUGGACUGGGACUGUGUCCAAGACAUUUGGAAAUACAUUUUCCACAAUGAGAUGAAGAUUCUCCCAGAGGAGCAUGCCAUCCUGGUAUCUGACCCUCCACUGAGCCCUACCACCAAUAGGGAGAAAUAUGCUGAGAUGCUGUUUGAGACAUUUGGCGCUCCUGCCAUGCAUAUUGCUUACCAGUCUAGAUUAUCCAUGUACUCUUAUGGGAAGACUUCUGCUCUAGUAGUGGAAAGUGGCCAUGGUGUUUCAUAUGUGGUUCCUAUUUAUGAAGGUUAUACUAUGCCAAGCAUCACAGGCAGGGUAGACUACGCUGGUUCAGAUCUCACCUCUUACCUCAUGAAGCUAUUAAAUGAGUCUGGGUACCAGUUUAAAGAGGAAGACCUAAGCAAAGUAGAAGAUAUCAAAGAGAAAUGUUGUUAUACCUCAUUGGAUGUUCCUCGGGAAAUGUCUCUUCAGAGACUGCCAGUUGAGUAUGAGCUGCCAGAUGGGCAUUUAAUUAAAAUUGGCAAAGAGCGAUUCUUAUGUGCUGAAAUGCUUUUCACACCAUCCUUGAUAGGGUUCCAGCAGCCAGGGCUUGCACUGAUGACAAUGACCUGCCUCAAUAAAUGUGAUGUUGACCUCAGAAAGAAACUGAUGGACAGUAUCUUGCUGUGCGGAGGUUGUACCAUGCUGAAAGGCUUUGCUGACCGCUUCCAGCAAGAACUGAUCAAGAUGUGCCCUAACAACAACCCUGUUGUAGCAGCAUCGCCUGAAAGAAAGUCCUCUGUCUGGACCGGAGGGUCAAUUUUGGCAUCACUCAAGUCUUUUCAGCAGCUCUGGGUUCAUCGGAGAGAGUAUGAGGAGCAUGGUCCUUUCUUUAUCUACAGGAAAUGCUUCUAAGCACAAAAUGGAUAAGACUGAGUUUGGAAUCAAGCCUACCAUCUAAUCAAGGCCAUAUUGGGUUAAGUACCUUUAUUUCCCUCUCUAGGUACACUCUUAGCUAGGAAGUGGCUUGUGCCAUUAAAUGCUUGUAGCUUUCUGUGUUGCAUGUAGUUUUUAUCACUUGCAUUUUAACAGGAAUUUUUACUAUCAGUAAAUCUAGUCCAGUGGUUAACAGGAAGCAGGUCCUACAAUAGUACAUAAGGAGCUCCCACUCCCUUGUCCAGGAGGGACUGUGAUAAUAACAGCACUGGCAUCAUCCUAAUGAAGCCUCAAAAACCAAGUACUAAGUAUUAGAAAUAUAGAGGCUUCUACCCUUCCAGCUGUCCAGUGCUGUUAAGUUUUUUUGACUAAAGGAUGGGAAAAAACAAAAGGGAACAUUCCCUUUACGCUGCUGUGCUGUGGGAGGCGCUUGUCCACACUGCCUCAAAACACCAGAGGAUGAAGUAGUCACAAGUGUUUUGAAUAACUUUACUCAAGCUUCUCAUGCUGGGCCCAAGUUGGACCCUUCCAGGUCCAGCAGCACACCUGUGAGCAGUGAAUCAUCCAGAUGCAGUCCCACAGCAUGUCUUGCCCCUUACAGCAGCAUGUUUGGGUACUUUGCUGCCUGGCAUUGCUGGACAGCCUGAGCCCUGCUUGGCUGCAGGCCCCUGUCCAACUGUGUCUGUACUCUGCCUUAAACCAAAGGCAAGGAUUACAUCCCUUCUCCUCCUUCCCUUUAAUAAAAAAGGCCUUUUUGUUAAGCUCCUGGCUCUCCACCUGACAGAAGGAGGAAGGGGUGAGGUGUCCAUUUCUGCCACAGUCUGAUCAGCACAUGCAUACAUGUAGGAGCAGUUGAAAGGAAGAAGACAUGAUGAAGCAGCCCACACUAGUCAAAGAGUGCAUGAUGAAAUGUUCUUGGACCAAACUGCUCAAUAACUGCUCAGUUUGUACCACUUAGCCUUGAGACAGCACAGUCCAAGUGCUGAUGCUGGUGCACUGAAUUUGUCAUAGCAGU